AUGGUCGCACUUCGGUGUUGUCUCACGUUCAUUUCCGUGCUUACUACUGUUUGGUGUACGUCAACGGAACUCAGCCCUAUUGACGCUCUAUCGUUUUCGCUGGCUCCUGAGCUGACCAUUCAGCAGUCCUAUGCUUAUGAGGACGAAUCGAUGUCCUCAAGUCCGGAAUUUUGUAUUCCGAAUAUCGCAAGUGCUCAUCUCGUGGAUCUUCUCCAAACGAACCCACCUCCGUACGGUAAGCGGACGAUUUGUACGUGUGCCUGCUUCCUCCUUGACAGCGUCCUUUACAGCUCUAAUCGAAGACAUCGACUUUAG